CUCCGGCGAGCCUCGACGGAGAUCGAUCGAGAGAGGUCUGAUAUCGGAGGCCGCCGAUUUGAGGGUUUGCCAUGGGGAAGAAGAAGAAGAGAGCGGCCUCGAAGGUGUGGUGCUACUACUGCGACCGGGAGUUCGACGACGAGAAGAUCCUGGUGCAGCACCAGAAGGCCAAGCACUUCAAGUGCCACGCCUGCCACAAGAAGCUCUCCACCGCCUCCGGCAUGGCCAUCCACGUCCUCCAGGUCCACAAGGAGGCCGUCACCAAAGUUCCUAAUGCUAAGCCUGGUAGAGAAUCUACUGAAAUCGAAAUAUACGGAAUGCAAGGAAUCCCACCUGAUGUCUUGGCUGCUCAUUAUGGAGAGGAAGAUGAGGAAGCUCCUCCUAAAGUUGCCAAAGUCGAGCCUCGAUCUGCCCAGCUUGCUGCUAACAUUGUUCCUGGAGCAUUGGGGGUCAGAUAUCCUCCUCAGCCGACCUUAGGCACAGUGCCGCCGGUUUAUAAUCCUGCAUUAUCAGUGCCUCCUGGUGGUUGGGCAAUGCCCCCACGUGCACAACCUUGGUUUCCUCCAUAUCCAGCAGUUUCAGUUACUCCUCCUAUGCCUGCCCCUUUGCCUCCAAUGCAGCAACCGUUGUUUCCCGUGCAAGCUGCAGUUCCACCCACAUCAUCUGCUACAUUUCCAUCUUCGUUGCAGAUAACUCCCCCUGGACUGCCUUCCUCCAGUACUUCUCUUCCUGUAUCUCAGCCCUUGUUUCCAGUUGGUAAUAGCAGUAUGACAAUGCAAAGUACACCAUAUGUCCCACCAGGCAUCGCUCAAAAUUCCCCAGCAGAUCUCAAGAGCUUGGUUGCCCAUGCUAGUGUCGGUCCAACAAUAGCAGAUGGGUCCGUGGUGAAUUCACAUUCGUAUGCCUCUGGUCCAAACACUGGUGGUCCUUCAAUCGGACCUCCUCCAGUAAUUACGAAUAAAGCUCCAGCAACCCAGCCUGCCACUAAUGAAGUCUAUCUAGUUUGGGAUGAUGAGGCGAUGUCCAUGGAGGAAAGAAGAAUGUCCCUACCAAAGUAUCAGGUGCAUGAUGAAACUAGCCAGAUGAAUUCAAUUGAUGCUGCUAUAGACAGACGGAUAUCCGAAAGUAGGCUUGCUGGUCGUAUGGCAUUUUAGUUCAUCCUGGCAUUCUGUGACAAAUUCUCGGAGGAACCCGAGGUGCUUUGCAUGUUACAGUAAGUUCAUUCAUUUACAGCAGGCAGUGUCGCCAGUUUCGGUCGGGGUUCAACAUUUUCUAACUGCUGGGCAAUACAGUCAGAAUUGUAUCAUUUGCAACCUGGUUGGAAGGAUAGUUCUUCCUUAGUUGAGUUUUCCCUUGACUGAGUUAGGAAAUUUCCUCUUCCAUUUCUUCAUUCUUGAGGGAUGUAAGAGUGCAAGUUAACCCAUUUGUUUUCGAUUAUUUUAGGCGACAGUGUUUCUGCAUAACUAUUUGGUGUUGUAGGCUGGGAUACACGUAUCAUUCCUUUUUGUCUAUUCUUCCCUGUGAUAUGAAAUUUAUACAGUAUGAAAGCUACUUUGAUUUCUUGGAUA